CAACCAUGAGCAUUUUUAGAUCCCGUUAUAUUUUACUAAAAUUUAGAUCUUUUCUGCAUAAUUAAUUUUAUUUGAUGGACAUUUUGUAAAGAUGCAUCGAAUGCCUCUUUUAAUACCUACCCCAUCCAUAUUGUGGGAUCGCAAUCUGCCGGAAUGGGUUUUAUUUGAAAGGACUCUAAACAAGCCUAACGUAGAGGAGACGAACGCUUUCCUUACAAUAUUGGACUCUGAAGCUGAUUUCUACAACAGCAGUUCAUAUAGAAUGGGAGAAGACAUGUUUUCUACAGCACAGCGUUAUCUGAAAGAUAAUAAUCCUGCAGCUUUGGCAGAGGCAAUGUUCUACAUUAACUACAUAAUAAUACGCACACCAAAGGAAUGUCCUGUUUUGCCAAGUGCUCUUAAAAUUCGAGGAAAUUUUAGUUAUCAUGAUUGUUUUUUUGAGCAAGCGUCUAAGGAUUAUGAAAUGUAUUUAGAAGUCUAUAAAGUGACUAAAACUCCGAACGAAGAUGUUUGUGAAGUGUAUGGUCAUCUAGUUGUGUGUAUGUACAUGAUGAGAAAACUUGUUAAAGCUAAAAAAUAUUUCAGAUCUUAUAAGAAAUAUAAAGCUAAAUUAUCACCAGAUAUUUUAAAAAAAUCAACUUUUGUGAAGAUUGAGAAUUACAUUAAACAGUUUGUAAACGAAAUCGAUGAUGUAGAAAAAGCUCCAAAAUUUUUAGAAAUCCAAUGUAAAGGGAUACCUUAUAAAGGAUUUACUUCCCAGCCUGAAAUAGCAGCUGCAUCAACAAUGUGCUAUUACAAUAAUGGAAUCUACGUCAAGGAUGAUAUUCCGAGAGCAUCUAUUCUAUUUGUAGAAGAUCCAAUUAUGCAGUCAUUGAAUAUUCCCAUUUUAGAUUGCGAAGUUUGUUAUAAACAAUCUCAAAAUCAAAUAUACUCUUGUCUAGAGUGUCGAUAUAAAACUUACUGUUCACUGCUUUGUUUGGAAAGGGAUAAAGCCGCUCACAGAGACGAAUGUAUCGGUUAUAAACAAUUAACUAUUCUUGUGCUGGACGCAAGUAGUAAUUUUCGUAUCUUUGUACGUAUUUCAAAUCUACUUUACGAACACAUUUUUAAUCCACAAAUGUUUCGCAAACUAAGAUCCGCUGAAGAGGUUUGGAAUAAAAUGCUCGAAUUGAUAAAGACUUUAGAAAUACCAGGCAAUAUUGAUUUGGAUUUGCUCCGAAUGAAACCAGGCUAUUUUGAUUUAUCGGAAAUGCAGUACUCGACCCUAGUGGCGACAUCAUUUCGUUUGACCUUGUUCAUUGAGAAAAAAACCGAUCUGAUUGAUAAGUACUACAAGAGGCUACAUAUUUCUAAUAAACAAAAAUUAAUUUUAAUUGGUUCGAUACUAAUGCGCAUACACUGCAAUAUUCUCUUAAACUCCUUUGAUUUUGAAAUAACCAAAACUGUAAACAACGAAAAAUCGAGAAACACGCUGCCUCUUAAUUUAAGUAUUAAAGAAAUAGAAGAAAUGGUAAAAACCAUUAAUAGACGCCAAUGUAGCAUCAUGGACGUUGACAAAUUCUAUGACAUUGAUUUCGACAAAGAUGUAAGACAACGAGCUGAACAAAUAAUUAAUUCAAAGAAAGACAGUAAAGAAAUGGGUGUAUCGCAUUUGACAGUCCUAAGGCACGUUAAACCAUGCAAACGAAUACACCGCAUUCUAUCAACAUACAAGGACAAUAUCGCUGAGCUCUACUUCCAAUCCGAACUAAUGCAUACCAUUAUUUAUGGAGAUGCUGCCAGUCAGCCUACUUCUAGCGCUUCCGCGAAAAUACUUUGUGGUCGAAUUGCUGAUAUGUCAGACAUAGAUCGUUACAUGUUUGUCAAGAGAUUUGCUCGAUUAUUUCACAUUCAUUAUGCGGAGUAUUUUCUUCAAAUGUUUAAUCGGGAUGAAGAAAUACAACAGGUUUUAACGUUGUAUUGUCCCACACUGCGAAAAUUUAAGCAUUCUUGUGAACCAAAUGUGGAAGUAUUAGUAUUGGAUAAUGGUGUUGUAAUCGGAAAGACGUUAAGAAAAAUCAAAAAGGGCGAACAACUGUAUGUAUCAUUCAAAGCGCAUUAUAUGCAUCAUGCUAAAGUGGAGAGAAGGCAGUUUCUUAAACGAAACAAUAUAAACUGUAAAUGUGAAUAUUGUAAAAAAGAUGAUUAUGAUGAUCCGAUUAAUUUGCGUCUUACAAUAUUUUGUGAUAGGUGUAAAGUUAUUCAAAUCACACCGAAUCAGGGUGUUUGUCCUUCGUGUAAAAAUCUAUUCAACAAUCUAUUUAAUAAAUAUCGUACGGUUGUCUAUAUCUUGGAAAAUGAAUUGAAAUUCGAGUUGAGCCCUUGUGAGUCAACAGAACGUGAUAUAUACAUAUUACAUUUAAUUUUGUUUUCAUAUGCAAAACAGUAUUUUGUUCCCCAAAAUGAAGUAAGAAUUGCUAUAGAAUUGAGAAUGGCGUACUUUUUAGCUAUACAAAAUUUUGCCAAAGAAUCAUAUAAAUUGGUCAAAGAAAUCCAAGACAAUAUUUUAACAACAUAUGACGAACAAUUAGUCUGGUUCACAUUUUACGCCGAAAUUUUAUUAAUAAUCAAAAUUAUACUGUGGAACAAUUUGGAAGACAAGCUUGUUUCGUUAUCAAAUUCAGAAUUAAACGAUUUGUGUACAUUUGGUUUACACAUUGCUAAUGGACAAAAAGAUUAUAUUGACUUUUAUGAAAUAUUUGACUCCGAAUGUUCGAGUGUAUUAGAUGAUAUUAAAGUCUUAUUAAAAUGGAAGGAGAAAAUUGCAUGUACUGAAUAUUUGCCUUUGGCAAAAUUUCUAAGUAUGCCCGAACCGCAAAUACAUUAAUAAUAAUUUUUAUAUUAAUAUUGUCAUUUGUUAAUUUUCAUUCCACUACAUUAUUUUUUUUUUAUUAAUUUACUAAAUAUAUUUACGUAUACGUAUGUAUGUUCUUAUACUCUACAAGUUAAGUAAAAUGUUUGAAAUAUUUUUACUUUGUGUAAACUGAAUAAAUAUUUAUUUUAUUUUAUGUUA